AUGGGACUAUAUCCAUUUGAUUACUGCUGUUUCUGCAUAGACCUGCGCUUGGGCAGUUUGAUCAUAGGAUACAUCAAUCUGAUUGGUAACAUAGCUUUGCUAGUGUUGACGGUGUUUGGUAUUGAAGGCGGGGUACUCCUGGAAUCAUUGAACCUGGUUGGAGCCUACGAGCUUGGCGUCGAGCUGAUCGCUGGAAACUCCAUUCUGUUGAUCAUUAUAGCUAUCUUCAUUAUAUUUACCGUUUUGCUGCUGUAUGGACUUCAUAAGAAUAGAAGGAGUUUCAUCAAGGCGUAUUUGAUAUAUUCAGGAAUUUUCAUAAUAAUAUACGCUAUUAUAUUCUUCGUCGCUUUGGGUAAUGGAAGAACGGGUGCGGCUGAUAUAGCUGAAAAUGUUAUUACAUUGCUUCUCAGCAUUUACUUCAUUCUGGUGAUUAAAAGCUACUACGACUCCGUGCAAGUCCAGGAUGUGCAGGUCGCCUAUCGGCCAUAA